AUGGACCGCUCCGGCGAAUUCCAGAAGUGGAAGGCCCAGAGCCUGAGCAAGGUGGAUCUGAGCCGGAAGGGCAGCGUGGACGAGGACGUGGUGGAGCUCGUGCGGCUCCUGAACAGCCGCGAGCAGUUCUUCACCACGAGCUCCUGCGCCGGCCGCAUCCUGCUGCUGGACCGGGGCAGCGAUGGCUGUGAAAUCCAGAAGCAGAACUGUUCCUGGCUGCUGGUGACGCACCGACUCUGUGCUAAGGAUGACGUGCUCUCAGCUCUGAAGAAAGCCCAAGGCGAUGCUGUACUGAAAUUCGAGCCUUUUGUCCUUCACGUCCAGUGUCGGCAGCUGCAGGAUGCCCAAGUCCUGCAUUCAGUGGCUGUAGAUUCUGGAUUCAGGAACUCUGGCAUCACAGUUGGAAAGAGAGGGAAGACCAUGCUGGCUGUCCGGAGCACCCAUGGCCUGGAAGUGCCAUUGAGCCACGAGGGAAGACUGAUGGUGACUGAGGAAUACAUUGAUUUCUUGUUGAAAAUAGCCAAUCAAAAAAUGGAGGAAAACAAGAAAAGAACCGAAAGGUUUUACAGCCGCCUCCAGCUGGCCCUGGAAAGAGAAGAGGCCGGUGGUCUGCAUCCUGAGACGAAAAAGAUGACUCACCCUGUGUACACUCACAGGAGAAAGAGGAAAACCGGAAAAAUCCACGGCCAAUGUGGCCCUCCAGAGACACAGAAAGACUUUGAAAGUGAUGAGGACGAUGCAGAAAUCAGUCUCAAUUUUUUCCCUGAAAAUUAUUAAUAUUUGACUCUAAAAUGCCUUUGCAGGAAGACAUUUUGUGGCCCUUUGAAUUUUUGCUCUUUAUAAGAGUGAUUUCUUUUGCUAAGGUCUGAAAUCAAUUCAUAAAAGCAACGUCUCCCAGGUAUGCUUUAGAUUUGGAAUGAAAUCUGUUUUAUAAACAUGGGCAUUUUGUAAACAGCACUGCAUAAUGCCAGUGUGAAAGCUUCUCCAGGUGAAGCCUUUCUGGAUCCUUUGGCCCAUCUUUAUACACCAUGAUGUGAAGGCCCCCACUAUCGCGAUAACCUUCCCCUGGACACUCCUGAGCUUUUCUCUGUCAUUCCUAAAGUGGUGCCCAGAACUGUAGAACUCCAGAGGUGGCCUGCCCGGGGAGAGGACCAAAGGAGGGUCACCAUCCUUGCUUUAGACAUGAUGAGUCUCUUAAGGCACCCUCCGAUGGCACAGGCUUACCUGCUGCCUUGUUGUUCUCUGGACUCCUGUCGCACUUGCUGGCUAUUAAAAUAUCCAGAGCUUUUUCUGAUUCAC